CCCAAAACUGGAUCAAAAUCAAUUCAAAAGGUGAUAUUCGUAAUCACCGUGAAAUUUUGCAUCGAAUGAUAUAGUUUUAAGUGAAAAAUAAGAACUUGCAAUUCUUUUGAAUUAGCGGCGCCUUACAUAUUCUAUUUACUGUGCCAUUUUUUUCUAUUGUUUAAACUUUUUUUGUUUUCUAUUUUUUUUCCUGGGGAUGACCUAGACAAGUUCUUUGUUAAACUUUUGUCAUUACCAUGUCAUUUUAUUAACAUCAUGGACUAAAAUAAAAUUGACUUUGCUCAGCUAGUACAUUUUUGGAUGGCGGAUUCGUAGUUUUAGAAUUGUUAUUCCAACAGGUUUUGAUCGGAGAAUAACCAGUUGAUGGUGAAUAGUUUAUCAUCCACUUGUAUAUUGUCUCUGAUAGAACCCAUUAGUAGAAAAAAGGGUAGUGGUUAUAAAUUGUAAAAUGACCGAAAACAUAUUGUUGUUGUACAAGUUUUUUCUGAGCUCGUUAAGUAAAGAAGUGAAAGAUUCGAAAGAAAGUAUUCGUUAAGUGAAAGAAUUUAUGCUUGGUUAAUCACCAUAAUUACUAAUAAAAUAAAUAAAUAAAUAAAGGAAGCUUCAUAUUAGCGAAAUAUGGUCUAUAACCUCAUAUAUGAUUCAAAACAAGAAUGAAAAGAGUCAAGAUCUUUUUUCCUUUUCAAAAUCCUUAUUUCAAAACAAGUGGAUCUAAACGAUGGCAUACCUAAUGCAACUGCAGCAGCAAUUUUCUACAAAGGAAGAAAAAAUCCUGUAGACUCACAUGGUGUUUAGAGUGAAUAACCUGUCCCGAUAAAAACAACACUACUGUUAUGCUUCUUUUUCAUCUUUUUCUUCUUUUAUGACACAUUAUGUCAAUAUGAAAGUGGGGAAAGGUAUUCAUUGCAAUGUGCAUCAUAAAAAAAACAUUCAAACAUUUGAUUUGGAAUUCAAUAACAAACAUUUUCUUUUCUGUUUGUUAAGAGGUUAUUAAUUUCUCAUUUCAUACUGUUACUUCGACGUUUUUUCGCCUUAAAAGCGUUUGACAACUAGGAAUGAAUACACAUGAUACAGUCCUUUUGUUUUUAGUUUAGACAGUGAUGAUGGCAAUAGCAACCAGUCGUUUGCCGCGGCGCGAUUCAAUGAAACAUUUGACAUUAUAUGAUCUUGACAAUUUUCCAGACACAAAACAGUCGAUGAAAGUCUCCACUAAUGAACACUUUGAUGGUAGUAGAAAGAAAAACAGAUCACAGGAAGAAAUACUCUCAUCUCAAUCGAAAUCCUAUUUAGAACAGUUACCAAAUGAAAUAUUAAUAUAUACAUUUAAACAAUUAUCAACGGCAGAUUUACAUCGUUCAUUUUGGAACUUGAACAAUCGUCUGAAUGGAAUUAUUUUUGUACAGAAAAUGUUUGUUGAUCUAAGCUGCCCAAAACGAAUAUUUGAUUAUUAUUGUCAUCAAUCAAUACUUUCCACAUUUUCAUCACGAAUAUUCAGUCUGAAGUUAUCCGAUACAUAUGAUCGUAUAAAAAAAUUUAAUUCAAUUGAAAUUUUAUCAAAUCUUCGAUCAUUAACAGUAAGAGACAUAUCAACCGAAAGUUUAGAUAUAAUUCUUUCAAAAUUACCAUCAUUCAGAAGUCUUUCUUAUCUAAACAUUUAUUCGGCUAACCUUCAAUCAACAACAAAUGUUUUUUCAUUAUCAUCCUUAAAAACAUUAAUUUUAUUUUCACUUAACAGUCCUAUUAUUCUUCCUAAUGAUAUUCAAAUAACGAAUAAUGUUGAGUAUCUAAACAUUGAUGGUUGUUAUGUGAAUGAUGUCGUUCAAGUAUUAAACCAUUGUCAAAAACUAAAAUAUUUAAAAGUAUAUAUUCGUUAUCAUCGAGAUACUAUGCUUUAUCAAACACAAAUUGAAAAUAUUUCAAAAUUAAAAAGUUUAAAACGAUUGCAUAUAACGUUUUAUUAUUUCCCAUUGAAUAUUUUUCAUUCUUUAUUAACAUUAUUUCCAAAACUUGAACGAUUAACAUUUUCUACCAGUACAAAUGAUGAAGAUUAUAUGUCAGCAACAACAUGGGAAAAUUUUAUUUCUAAAUCAUUAACAAAUUUAAAAGAAUUUCAAUUUUAUGUCAAAAUGGAGGACAACGGGAGUAUUACACAAUCUGCUGCUGAUGUAUUACGCUUAUUUGAAACUGAUUUUUGGUUAGAACAAAAAUGGUUCCUUGUUAUUGAUCAUAAUCAAUAUUUAAAUCCAGCAACAUUGGAACUUUACACUGUUUCAUAUUCAAAAGUUGGAAAACACAACAUUGAACUGUAUGGUUUACAAACACAAUUAACAAAAGUUGAUCAUCUUGAUACGAUAAACAAAAAUAUUACCAAUUUGCAAGUUACAUUCCAUGAUGGUCAUCGACCACCACUACCACCCACAGAACGACGAUAUCCGGAAGUUAGCUCCAUUACAAUCCGCUCACAUUUAACCAGCACCGACAUGGAGGACACCAGCAGAUUAAUAUCUGAUUUGAACGAAACAAUCACAUUUUCUAAAAUCACCUCACUCUCGUUCUCUGCACCACCACUGUAUCCACUGGAAAUUCUACGGCAGGUGUUGACAAACGCACCAAAUAUCGGUCGAUUAAGAGUACCAUACUCAAUGAUAAAUCACUUUAUUAAUGAUGAACAACUAUGUUCAAUGUUAGCAAAAAUGAUGAAAAGUUUAAGCAUUGACUUUUCUUCGGCUAAUGAUCAAUCACCAUUAAAUAUCGGGCAUAUGAUUGAUUUACUGAACAUUUUUUCAACAAAUUUAGAGUUUUUGUAUUUUGAUCUUCAACUACCACAAAUUCAACUGCAAGACUUUUAUUCGGUACUGUCAUUAAUAUUCUGUGGUAAAUUAAAAAAGUUAGUAUACUUCCAGAUGAGACUCAAACAACAACAACAAACAUUUAAUUUAAACUUUUUUAAAAUAUGGUUUAAUGAUGUUAUGAAUUUGUUAACAACAAAAACAACAGAAUCAACAAUUGAAUAUGGUAUAAUGGAUAAACAAUUGUCCGUUUCUUUCCGGUGA